AUGGUCUCAGAUCUGGCAGAUCUCUUGGCUAAGGUGCUCCCCACCGGGGUUGAGAUCACCGUUCGCCAUGUCUCGUCAACACCAACACCAUGCGAAGCUCUCUUCGCAGCUGCCCCGGGCCAGCCGUCUGAGCCAACAUUCUGCGAGAACCACUUCCUCUCGGUGUCAAUUGACUCCAAGGAUGAAGGGGAAAUCAUCAUUUUUGGCAUGGAAGUGAUGGUCUAUAAUACGGCCCACUUGACCGUCAUCUUCGUCUCAAAGGCUGAUUCGACAGGCCUCCUGCAUCUGCUCAAAUUUCCGCGUAAGGUCUCAGUCUUGAGACUGGUUUCAAGCACUUUCCUCUCAUAUCUAGCGAAAACGCGGCAGCGGCCCGGGGUGCGCCUAGUUGUGUCCCUCUUCGCCCGCGCGCAGAACCAGUACUUGUUCCCGGGCAGUAUCGAAAAUCCCGAGAAACAUGUCCUGGACGACCGCGGCCUUAUCAAAUGGUGGUGUCGUGCCGUAGACCCGAUUCUACGCGAGCAUGAGCCUGAGUCUGCCGUCCAGGAGACGACAACGAUGGACCAAGCUGUCGAGGCGGCGAAGGCCUCUGCCACCGCGUACCUCAUCGUUCCAAGCUGCGAUCGUUUUGAAACGCGUAACUUCUUCCCGCCUACAGCCAAAUCCGACGCGCAGGAUCGACCGCGAUGGCUCAAUAGCUACCCUUUGAAACAGCUGUAUCAUGACCCCUCGGCUCCUCCUCGAUGUUUGGUUCCCCGUUUUCCUGACGAUCCUAAGACUCGCUUCCUUCUUGAUCUAGAUGGCGAGCUUCCUGAACAAGAGAAGGGCCAAUCUGCUCCUCCUAAUGACGGAAGAUGGCGAAGUGUCAGAUCCCUGGACCAGUUUUGGGAGAUGAUGUCUUUCCGCCAGGAGUGCUCUGCCGGUCGUUUGGUUGGCUUCUUGUGGCUCGUCAUCAAUCCUCCUGGCUUGAUGAACUCAACUUCGAUGGAAAGCCGGGCCCGUGCCACUGAGCCUGGUCAAGUGCCCAGUGGCUCAGAUGUGCCUGCGGCGACGACAGAAGACAAAUCGCAAGCUGAACCCAGCAAGAACAAUGAGCCGGAUGCAUCAACAUCGGUAACAGAUGCCAAACUUGCCGAAAAUUCCAUUGAACUUCCUCGAGACGAUGCAUCGAACGACCUCAAUCCUUUCGACUGGCCGGAGGCCGGGCGUGGACACGUUGUCCUCAGCGAAGCAGACUACAAGAAGAUGAUGGACUCCGUUCUAGAUCAUUUCUACGACGAGAAAGAAGUCCUCGCUAGCACAAAAAUAUACGUCGACCAGGUUGCUUCGCUCGCAGAUGAGCUUACAUGGGGCAAGAAGCUCAUCGGCAGCAAUACCGCUAGCAGUGAUGUACCUCAGCCGACAGAGGGCAGCACCAACAACAUCCUCGAUCUUGGAUUGAUGCGUAAGCGCAAGAAGUCCGAGGGUGAAGGCAGCAAUCCAGCUGUCAAUAUCCAAGAAACCAGUAGAUCAAGCGACACGUUCCCAGUUCCAUCGCAAUCGGCUCCUGUGAAUGUGCUUAAUGCCACAUUGGUUCGCAAGAAGAAGAAAACUUGA